AUUCGUAACCGAUCCUUGUGUUUCGUUGCAGAGUCGUUUGGGCAGAACUACCCCGAGGAAGCUGAUGGGACGCUGGACUGCAUUAGUAUGGCUCUCACGUGUACCUUUAAUAGGUGGGGCACGCUACUUGCUGUAGGCUGCAAUGAUGGACGCAUUGUCAUUUGGGACUUCUUGACAAGAGGCAUAGCAAAAAUCAUAAGUGCUCAUAUCCACCCUGUCUGUUCUUUAUGCUGGAGCCGAGAUGGUCACAAGCUGGUGAGUGCUUCAACCGAUAACAUUGUAUCGCAGUGGGAUGUUCUGUCUGGAGACUGUGACCAGAGGUUUCGGUUCCCUUCACCCAUCUUGAAAGUGCAGUACCAUCCUCGAGACCAGAACAGAGUUUUGGUAUGUCCUAUGAAAUCUGCACCCGUGAUGCUAACGCUUUCAGACUCCAAACAUGUUGUUCUCCCCGUGGAUGAUGAUUCCGAUUUGAAUGUGGUAGCAUCUUUUGAUAGGCGAGGGGAAUAUAUUUACACUGGCAAUGCAAAGGGAAAGAUCUUGGUUUUAAAAACGGAUACCCAGGAUCUGGUUGCUUCUUUCCGAGUAACAACUGGAACCAGCAACACCACGGCUAUUAAAUCAAUCGAGUUUGCUCGGAAAGGAAGCUGCUUUUUAAUAAACACUGCUGACCGAAUCAUCCGUGUGUACGAUGGCCGGGAAAUCCUAACCUGUGGGCGAGAUGGGGAGCCUGAACCCAUGCAGAAGCUGCAGGAUUUAGUGAACAGGACACCAUGGAAGAAAUGCUGUUUCUCUGGGGAUGGGGAGUACAUUGUGGCAGGAUCAGCCCGUCAACAUGCCCUGUACAUCUGGGAGAAGAGCAUUGGGAACCUAGUAAAAAUCCUCCAUGGGACCAGGGGGGAGCUGUUGCUAGAUGUAGCAUGGCAUCCUGUCCGACCCAUCAUUGCUUCCAUUUCCAGCGGUGUUGUGUCCAUUUGGGCUCAGAACCAAGUGGAAAACUGGAGUGCCUUUGCGCCUGACUUCAAAGAGCUAGAUGAAAAUGUGGAAUAUGAAGAGAGGGAGUCUGAGUUUGAUAUUGAAGAUGAAGACAAGAGCGAACCAGAGCAGACAGGUGCGGAUGCUGCAGAGGAUGAGGAGGUGGAUGUAACCAGUGUAGAUCCCAUUGCUGCAUUCUGUAGCAGCGAUGAAGAACUGGAGGACUCCAAGGCUCUGCUGUACUUACCCAUUGCUCCUGAAGUGGAAGACCCAGAGGAAAACCCCUAUGGGCCCCCACCUGAUGCUGUUCAGACGUCUCUAACAGAUGAGGGAAUAGGCUCAGAGAAAAAGAGACAAUCUUCAUCGGAUGGACCACAGCCACCAAAGAAGAAACCUAAAACGACCAACAUCGAACUUCAAGGAGUACCCAAUGAUGAAGUCCACCCGCUGCUUGGUGUGAAGGGAGAUGGUAAAUCCAAGAAGAAGCAAGCAGGCAGGCCUAAAGGAUCAAAAGGUAAAGAGAAAGAUUCUCCAUUUAAACCGAAACUCUACAAAGGGGACAGAGGUGCUUUACCUCUGGAAGGAGCAGCGAAGGGUAAAGUGCAGGCGGAGCUGGGACAGCCUUUGACAGCAGGUGGCGCAAUCUCAGAGCUGUUAUGAAGACAUUCUGCUUUCCCUUCCUCUGUUCUUUCCAUUGCUGGCACCAUUAAGUGGAAUAUGGACAAAGUACUCAGUCAGAUAACGGACUGACUUUAAUACAGGAAGCUGAUUGUUCAUGGAUGCAGGGAGUGACUUUUAUAAGAAGUGAAUUAUGGAAGAGGAAACCGCCUUCAUUCCUUCUCUUCAGCCCCCUCUCCCCAAAACAGUGUAUGCUAUUGACUCUCAGGACAAAAGAUUCACAAGGAAGUUAAGUGGAAUGCCUCCUUGUUGACUUGCAUAAAGUUUCCCCAAGCAAAUUGGUAACUACCACACUGCUUUUCUAGGCUGCACACCUGCUUUCGGUUUCUUUCCAGUGUUUUACUUUGGGAACUGAAGAACACUGAACACUUUAUUCCCAGAACCCUGUAUCCUGUGCCAGUGUGCCCCAUGCAGACUUCCAUUUCAUUUUGAUAAACUGUCAUUUAAGGAGUAAGCUGUUUGUAUUUUUAGUCUUUAUCCUCUGUGCUGCUUAUGCUACCAUACUGUGAACUCUAAGGAAAACUGAUGAGGUUUUCAUACACA